GUUGGGGCCUCCGUUGACAAGACAAAUGCCACCGCAUAACUCUAGUGCGACGAGAAAAUCCCAUGUUCCAGCUGCCUGAAGAGGAAAGAAAGGUGCAUCCGCACAGCAGUCAACGGCCACAGCAGCCACGGACCGAGACCAUGCUCGUCGCUACCGUCCACCUUCCCAGUUUCAGACGACACCACCAUCAAUCUAAUGCACCUGGAGCUGUUUCACCAUUUCCAACGAGACCUUAUGGGAAGUCUAACCUUCCCUGAGAUUUGGCAGCUGGUUUUGCCUUCGUCGUUCCAGGAGCCCUAUCUGAUGUGCACAAUCCUUUGCCUUGCAGCGACACACUUCUCUGUAGUCCAACCGCUGGUGCCUCGCUAUUCUCGCGCUGCUCUGCAGCUCCUGGGCAAAGCGGCUCGCCUGUUCAGCGAGAGGCUGUCAUGCCCCGUCACAACGCAGAACAGCGAGGCCCUGAUAUCGGCAUCCUUCCUGAUGCAGUACAUCUCGUGGAGCCACCUUGGGUUUCUCGACGACCACGACCAGUUUGAUCUCUCCGCCGAUCCGCUUUUCCGUUUGAGCUCUGGCGUCCGGGGAGUCCUAGCUGAGGCGAUCCCCAAUCUCUCGGGCAGUGAUAACCCGUUCCUCACUGCCAGCCUCUACAGCCCGAAAGGCGCGAUAACAUCUGCGAUCGUACAACGUGGGUUAGAUCCCCGGGCAUAUGUCCGUCAGUUUAUGGCCCUCUGGGAUGACCCUGCCUACGGGCCCGUCCACUCCGGCAACGACGCAGAAACAUCGCCGGAACAGUUCGUCUCACCCCUCGGUUGUCCAAAGCCCCCCUGCAGAAGCCACAGCCAAACACAAGCGUCAUUGCAUCCGCAGCAUAGCUCUGACCCACGACGCACUGCUUUUGAACGCAUUGCAGAGCGGCUGUCGCUGCUUCUUUGUCUCGUCGCCAUGUCCGGCGUAACUGACGAACAUUCGCCUUCUGAGGAUUUGGUGCGCCUCCGGCCGGAGAUCGAGCGCUGCUUUCUCACCUUCCCCGUUCUUUACAGCAGGGUCUUCCGUGGCCGCGCCCUGCAGGACGAUCCGCGCGCGCCUGUGACCCUUUACCAUUUUUAUCGAGCCGCACGGAUUCUGCUGGAUAGUCCAACUGCUUGGUGGGCCGGCCAAAGGAGCCGGGUUUUCGAGUCUCGGAUUCUGAGGGAACUGCAGUCGAGGGGACUUUGCAUGUGUGUUUCCGUUGAAUUGGGGCAGUCAACACUGAUCCAAGCCGGUUGAGGAACAGUGAAGACCGCUAAUUUGGCUGGAGAUUUGGGGAGAUGGGGAUCGGGAGACCAGGUGCUGCCUUCACAUUUGCCUUCAGCCUGGGGUCUUGGAGGGGCACUGAGGAACGGAUACCGUUGGUUACACAAUGCUCCGCAGGAUACCUCUGCGGGGUAGUCAUGCCGAGAGAUGCUGGAUCUUAAAGAGGUCCCGCC